AUGCAAGCAACAUACGACUUGACAGAAGAGAAUGAAAAAGGUUACGUAGGGGGUGGGUGGUGUAUGCGAUCCGCCUUAGAGGAUAGGAUUAAUGUGACACUUCUGUAUUUGACUACGGAGGGUGUAAUAUCCGGCAGUAAACCGGAGUCAGUAUCGUUCCUGUUGCCAGUUUAUAACCGGAAAGUUGACGAUGUUGAAGAUGUAGACCCCGAAUGCUUGUCGUAUGCCAUCACUCGCCCCCUUUGCGCUUUCAUUUUCGUCUCUUACAUACCAGGGGGCACGCAGGCACAUAGUAUUGAAUCGAAACCGCUGGAGAAAAAUAACGCUCAUCGUACGCCCAGCAGCAGAGGAGAACGUUUGAACAUACUACUUGGAACAGCAAUUCAGUUGGCCACUGGCUACCUCCGAUCCGGACUGUCGGCUUACAACGGAAAGAUGAACUGUGAACAUGGAACUCCCUCAGCCUCAAAAGUCCUUCAGCUGCAACACACUUUAGGCACCUAG